CGACCCUAACUUUUUAUGAACAUUUUGUGAAAUAUAUCCCGCUCAUCUCAGCCUCGCCUUGUGGCUUUUAUCUUUAUCCUCCCACUGUCUCUGAUCCAGCCCACCACCCUCAACCCUCUCCGGCGCAAAGAGAACCACAUCCAACCGCCGCAAAGAUGACCUCCAUCCGCCCCUUCCACGCUAUGGACGUCUUCAACUUCAACACCACCAACCUCGACCCCCUCACCGAGACCUACGGCCUAGACUUCUACUUCACCUACCUCGCGCGCUGGCCCCACCUCUUCAACGUCGCCGAAAGCCACACCGGCGCCAUCGACGGCUACAUAAUGGGCAAACUCGAAUCCUCCCCCGCCUACCUCCGCCACUCCCCCCACGCCCUCCCCUGGCACGCGCACAUAACCGCCCUCACCAUCGCCCCCCCGGCCCGCCGCCUCGGCCUCGCCCGCAUCCUCUCCCAAUCCCUCGAGCACGCCGGCGACGAGUCCGACGCUUACUUCGUGGACCUAUACGUGCGCAAGAGCAACGAGAUCGCGAUAGGCCUGUACAAGGGGCUGGGAUACUCCGUGUUCCGGCGGGUGCUGGAUUAUUACAGUGAUGAUCCGUCACCCGGGGCGGAGGAGGGGAAGGGCGAGGACGCGUAUGAUAUGAGGAAGCCGUUGAGGAGGGAUAAGGAUAGGAAGCAUGUUAGGGAGAAUGGGGAGAAUUUCGAGGUCCAUCCGGAGGAUGUGUGGUGAGAGGGUGGGGGGGGAGAUGGCAUUUUUUUUUGAGCGAGGG